UCAGGCAGAACUGGGGGAAGGUUUCUCCAAUCUCUUACAAUAAUACUUUAGUAAUGAACACUAUAAUCUUAAUGUGAUUUCCCACUGCAGGUGUCAGACUCACCGGUCAGCAGCUGAUAGGCAGAGACUGUUUAUACCUGGAAUAACAUCAGCUUUCCUCUGAUCCAUCUGUGCCAUACCAGCUGAGAGGCAGACUGGUAAAUGUUACCCCUAAUGUUUCUGUACAGAGGGAAAGAGAAGAGAAACUGGACUGAUUCUUUCAGCAUUGAAGCAGAACUCACCAUUUGUGCACACACACCAGAUUAGCCCAGCAGAGAGGAAGAAUGAUAUUAAAUUGCUUUUCAGAGAUUCUUAAAUGCCCCAGAUAUUCCAGGUAUUACCCACAGGUAUAUGAAGCCCCUGCCACCAGAUUCCUUCCAGGGGGGCAGAAAAUCACUUCCUCUCAGGGCAGUGGCAAUGUCUGUAGAUCUGAUAACCCCGAGCUAAAGCCUCUGCUGCUUCCUCUCUGAGCUACAGGGAAGGAAAUGAUCUCUUCUCACUUGCCUCCUGGGCGUGAGGCUUUAUAUUCUCUGUCUCUGUGGGUCGUCAGUCAGUGGGACCAUGAAGAAAGGAACUAAUCUCAACCUUCUAUUUAUCCUCCUGUCUGUCUGUUAUGGGGGCGCCACAGAGCAGUUGCCGCAGGACAUAUUUGCAGCAGAGGGGUCGCAGGUGAUGUUCCCCAUGCAGGAGAAGCUGCAGAUCAAUCAAAUUUGGGAGGGGAAGUGUAACGAAUUCACAUGGCAAGUCAUCCCAAUCCAUAAAAAAAUGAAAACGACUAUAAUGAGUGCCGACAAUAACUGUAACCCACACAUGUUCUAUGGCAAUUCCAGUUCAGUGUCUCACAAUGGGAGUUUGCUGCUCUAUAACAUCACCAGAGAGGAUGCUGGGAAAUACAUAGUGACUGUGGACGACCUCAGGAGGGCUCGCUGGUUUGAAACAACAUAUAUCCUGCACAUUCAAGUUCCCCUUUCAGAUCCAGUUAUUGAAGUCUCAUGUGAGUCGAAGAAGAUGGCAGUGCUCACCUGCAGGGUACAGAGUGGGACAGAUCCCUACUACACAUGGCUCACACAAGGGACAAUAAAGAAGAAUAUCAUCCCCCCAGGGGAAGUGAAUGGGAAUAUAAUCACAGUCCCUUUGCCCUUCCCCAGGGUUAUAAGCUGCAGGGUGAGAAACAAUGUUACAGAGAAGAGGGUCAGUCUGUCCAUCGUGCGCUGCCCAGGGGGCGCCACAGAGCAGUUGCCGCAGGACAUAUUUGCAGCAGAGGGGUCGCAGGUGAUGUUCCCCAUGCAGGAGAAGCUGCAGAUCAGUCAAACCCAGGAGGGGACGUGUAACCAAUUCACAUGGCAAGUGAAGAAAUUCCACCGGAGAUACCGGGAGACGAUAUCGUGGGCCGAUGCCUUGUGCAACCCACUGGUGUAUUAUGGGAAUUACCAGCUCCGCAGCUCAGUGUCUCACAAUGGCAGUUUGCUGCUCUAUAACAUCACCAGAGAGGAUGCUGGGAAAUACGUAGUGACUGUGGACAACCUCAGGAGGGCUCGCUGGUUUAGUAAAAUAUUUAUUCUGCACGUUCAAGGGGGCGCCACAGAGCAGUUGCCGCAGGACAUAUUUGCAGCAGAGGGGUCGCAGGUGAUGUUCCCCAUGCAGGAGAAGCUGCAGAUCAGUCAAACCCAGGAGGGGACGUGUAACCAAUUCACAUGGCAGGUGAAGAAAUUCCACCGGAGAUACCGGGAGACGAUAUCGUGGGCCGACGCCUUGUGCAACCCACUGGUGUAUUAUGGGAAUUACCAGCCCCGCAGCUCAGUGUCUCACAAUGGCAGUUUGCUGCUCUAUAACAUCACCAGAGAGGAUGCUGGGAAAUACAUAGUGACUGUGGAUACUCUCGCAAGAACACGAUGGUUUAAACAAAUAUACUUGCUGCAUGUAGAAAGGCGGUUUCCCUCAAAAUACCCAACAAAUGAAAGUAUAUAAUAACUCUGUACCUCAAAUAAAAGGAAAGCAAGAAGGUGGUACCUACUGAUAACAAUUUGUACCAGUCACACGUGCCAACGCAAUAAUACACUGCACAACUGGCUAAAUCCCAUGCAAGUACAAACUAAUCAUUUUAUUUCAACAUUGGACUUAAUGGAUCCAAAGUUGGGACCAUGAACUUCUUACCCUCCUGGGAUGGUGGAUACAUUGGCCUAACCCUAAAAGAUCAGUUGGUACAUGAGAUGAUUGAACCACCAAUCAAACACGGACCCUGACUGAUCCCACUAAGGUUAAGUGUGAGACGUGUGUCCCCUGUGACUUUGUGAUCAGACCCAACAAAUUCCACCGACCAAGGACAGGUGAGAAAUAGACUGUGACCAACUACAGGGGCCCCAGGGACUUCAUGGUCUUCAUAUCAAAGUGGUAAUUUUAUGUGGGUGAGCAACUUGCACACUUACAGUCUCAAUUGGAAACACUGGAGUUACAUUAGGAAAGAAAGACUCCUUCUUCUACUUUUUCUUCUUCUCCAGUAGCACAGGGAUUCUUAUCUCAAAAACACCAAGUGACUCCAUUGAAGUUUGAUGGGUACAGAGAGAGGGACUACACCCAAGAAUGUUGAUUUGGAAACAACAGGAACUGAAAUUGAUCUAUAUUAUUAUAAAUAACACCAGUGUUGGACUGGGAUAACAGGGACCUACCAGAAAUCCUUAGACCGUGGGCCCACUUUCCAAACUAUUAUUCCUCCUCUCCUUACUCAGCCUCUUUAUUCUCCUAGUUGUUUAUAUUUACUUACCAUAUUCUUCCAUUAUUAAGCAUGUUUUCCCAUAAAGAAAUAGGGAAUGAAGCAAGAGGCCCACUGACACCUGGGUUUUCCAGUCCGACACUGUAAUAACCCUGAACUAUGAAAAGAUGAAAGAGAAUUAACUCUGGCUGUAGUGAGUAGACUUGUAGUAUCUGGUGUACCAGACCUCAGCCUGGUGUAAAAGAGGGAAAUUUGUAUUUUCAUUCAAAUGUGACAUUUUUAUCAUUUUAAAUAGCUAAUUUUUAACAGGUGCCUCCUAUAAUUGAUUGGCAUUUCCAAUCUGAUUGUGAGCUUCAAAUAUCAGUAGUGCAAUUAGUAGGCCCUGGAUACACUGUAUACAAGGCUUGUAUGUGUUUUGCUUAUAAACACAAUUGGGGAACAUUUAUAAACACUGGCCAAAUUUGCUUCUGGGCUAUACCCCAUGCAACCAAUCGGAUGAUUGCUUUCAGUGCUUAUCCUGCAGCUGGCUGAAAAAAGCUAAUCUCUGAUUGGUUGCUAUAAGUUACUGCCCAGGAGCAAAUUUGCCCAGAGUUUAUAAAUGAGCCCCAGUGUUCUAUAAACCUGCUUUAUAUCUAUAUUUCCACCUCCUGUACUUUGUAAUAAGAAAACAUAACUAUAAGGGACAUAAAGUCCUUUAACACUGGCUCACUCACAAACAAAGAGGAACCUUUGGCUGAGCUUCAUCAUUCCUUGAUGUUUAUUGCAGAAGUGAUGAAAGAAAUUGCCAAUCCCAGGGAUGUUUCUUUAAAAUAAAAACAGAAUUCCUUUAAACACACAGAAUGGAAAGUAAAGGCCCCCCUAUACUGUGACUAUGGCCGUCAAUAUAUAGAUACCAUUAUUGUUUUAAAGGGCUAAUAGCUAAUGUAAGAUUUUGCACAUAUCGUUAUUAUUAUAAUACGCAUACGGUAUAUAUUAACAGAGACAGAGAGGUUAAAGAUUUUUUUCUUUCUCUUUUCCCUCCCUUUCUCUUCUUUUACUCCUCCUACCUAAUAUCCUCCCUUUUAUCUAAUCAGCCCCCCCUCUUCUUAUAAUAUUUAAUGGUUGCAUUUUAUGUUAAUUUGUUAACAAAAUGUUGAUAUUAAUGUUGUUGAUUUCAGCCCAAAUAUUUUUAGAAAAACCAAACAAGAACCCAGCUAGACUAAGACCCUAUAGAUCUCAUACCCAGAAGAACUGGACUGCUCGCUGAACAAAGACCUUCAAUGUAAUAUACUGAAAUCUUAUAAAGAUCGAAAUGGCA